CGUGAUAACAAUUCGGGCAUAGUCAAUCACUAAGCGACCGCAGCAGAGCGGACCCCAAACCUGGUUCAUAUCGGCCUCGUCCAUCGGGCGUGUGAUGCGAGCAUGUGUGAGCACGGGCUCCGCAGGCUUCAGAACGUUCUUCUUCCGCGAUCUUCCCUGCUAAGCUCCCAUCCUUCACUCUAUGACUACAUAGACCAUGAGCUUGCGCCAUUCGUUGUUCGCAGCCGCUCACUCUCUCCUUGCCCUCCCCUAUACUCCUUUGCUUUGGUUUGGAGGUCAACGGACUCUUGUUCGCCCGCAGCACAUUCAAGAGGGUGGCGCCUAUUGACGCACACCCCCGGGGCAGAAUGGGCCCGUGGUCCCGACUCGCACGGAGCUGUUUGCUUCUGUCUACGCUCCUUACUCCUACAUUCGCGGCAGUCAUCACUUCAAGGGCAAGCAGCAGUCUGUCGCCAUCCGAUGCUCCCAAUGUUUGCCGAGCGGUUGUGUCACCGUUUGAUUACUCGGCCAAGACCCGCCGUGAGUAUGAGCUGCCAGUCUGCAGUGCUGAUAGCCCACUCUACGCGCGCGAUGGCGAUGAGGUUGUCCCUGCCUCGCCAGAAGCCGGCACUUCCCUUUUAGGACGCACAGAACUGUCUUCAUUGUUUGGCAGGCAGGUCGUCGGGGGAGACGACUACACUUGUGGUCCAGACCGUCCCUGUGGGAACAAGGCCUGCUGUCCGAAAAAGACGGGGCAAUGCAACUACGGCGAAGAGGCUUGUGGCACCUCGGGCAUCUCCCCCAACGAGGUUUGCUGGUCCAACUGCGAUGCCAAGGCGGAGUGCGGCAAGAACGCCAAGGUCCCGGGCCAGAAGUGUCCGCUCAACGUUUGCUGUGGCAAGUGGGGCUUCUGUGGCAUGACAAAGGACUUCUGUGAAAAGGAAGACCAUGGCGCAACAGGUGGCUGCCAGUCCAACUGCGACCAGCCGGGCCCGAAGAACAAGGCUUCCGACCAGCUCAACCGUGUCAUCGGAUACUACGAGGCAUGGCGGCACAACUCUACAUGUCAAGACAUGGGACUCGACGACAUACCCGUCAACUCCCUGACGCAUCUGUACUUUUCGUUUGCCUUCAUCACGCCCAACGAGUACAACAUCAUUGGCAUGGACGGACUCCCGGCCAAGCUCUUCACAGACUUUACCAGUCUUAAGAAGAAGAAUCCCGGCUUGAAGACGAUUAUUGCCAUCGGUGGCUGGACCCAUAACGACCCUGGCCCCCUGCAGAAGGUUUUCAGCAACAUGGUCAGCUCGAAGGAGACCCGGUCGCUCUUUAUCAAGAAUCUGCUAUCCUUCCUCCGCCAACACGCAUUCGAUGGUGUUGACUUUGACUGGGAAUAUCCUGGUGCCGACGACCGUGGCGGUGUUCCCGAGGACGGGGUAAACUUCACAAAGUUCCUGAAGGAGCUGGACGAUGAGAACAAAAAACAGCCGAACAAGUACAUCGUCUCGUUCACAGCUCCAACCAGUUUCUGGUAUCUACGCCACUUCGACAUGAAGUCUGUUGACCAUGUCGACUUUGUUAAUGUCAUGUCUUACGAUCUUCAUGGAGUCUGGGAUCGCGAGAACCCCAUCGGCUCCCACAUCUACGGCCACACCAAUCUCACAGAGAUGAGCCUGGCGUUUGACCUGUUCUGGAGAAACGACGUGCCCGCCAACAAGCUUAAUAUGGGGCUUGGGUUCUAUGGGCGCGCCUUCCAGCUGGCCGAUCCGUCAUGCAACAAGCCCGGUUGCCUAUUCAAAGGCGGCGCCACCAAAGGUGCCUGUAGUGGCGAAUCUGGCAUCCUGAGCUACCGUGAGAUUCAGGAGGUCAUUAAAACCAACAAGAUCAAGCCCGUGCACGACAAGGAAGCCGGCGUCAAGUACAUCACCUGGAACAGCGACCAGUGGGUAUCGUUUGAUGAUAAAGACACAUUCAAGCAGAAGAAGGAGCUAGCCAGCAAGCUCGGCCUGGGAGGCUACCUGAUAUGGGCCAUCGAUCAGGACGACGCUUCAUUGUCUGCACUGUCUGCCGUACUCGACCCCAAGCCUCUGGGAGACUUCAAGUCCAGCGACAAGGGAGAUGAGAACUGGACGGGCACGAACGAGAAGUGCUACAUUACGGCCUGUGGCUCUUCGUGCAAGCCGGGUGAAAUCAAGAUCACCGAUCAAAAGUGCGACGGAAAGAAGAAGAGCGAGCUCUGCUGCCCACUCUCUGGUGCUCCCGAUCCCAAGGAGUGCCACUGGCGAGGCUCCGAGACCAAGUUCUGCAAUGGCUACUGCAAGGACGACGAGGUUAUGACGCACAUGAGCAAGUAUGGCGGUGGCGCCAGCUGCUGGGACGGUCAGGUUGCUCACUGCUGCAAGAGCGCGUUGGGCGAGAAGAACAUCUGCAAGUGGCGCGGCGUUGGCGAAAAGUGCCAUCAGGGCGAACUUCCCCUGACCUUCUCUGGCACAGUCCUGGACAUACUCGAUGAUGUGGCCAAGGUCAUCCUGCGGAUCGUCGGCCGAGCCUAUCCCCUCGCGGCCCUAACAGGCCUUCUCCUGGUCGAGGUCCUUGAUGCGCUUGACCUCGACACGAAGAAGCUGUACUGCUGCCCAGAGGACGAGGUCGACAAGUGGAAGAACUGCGCGUGGUAUGGCAAACCUGGCAACUGCUUCGAUGGCCACUGCCCAGACAUGAACACCGUCCAGAUCACAGACAGCUACUUCGGAGGUGGUGAGACAUGUGGCUGGCAUGACCGUGUCCGCACUUUUUGCUGCGAGUCGGACGGCGAGCCUCUCUUCCUCCCGGUCCCUCUCAAGAACCUGUUCGAGCACCCGCCGGAUGGCGGUCUUGACACUGACUUCACCCUCGAAACGGACAAGUCGUCUGCGAACGGCGACACGGAUCCCAAUGAAGCUGCCUUCCAGUUUGUCGUUCUAGUCUCGCCCGAGGAGCUGCAGGUAUCACUCGACAAGCGCGACGGCUCCCACUGGGAUGUCUUUGACUGCAACGAUGCCGUCACCGAGGGUGAGCACACCGUCCGCAUGGUCUGCACCGACUUCACGCCCGAGAGCAACUGCGGCAAGAUUGGUCUCGGUCAUGGCGUCCCUGGCACCAUCCUGCAGAUGCCCAAGGGUUGCGGCCCCGGAAAGUACGCGGUGGCCAAGUCCAUGGUGCCAAGCCCGGGAGACGACCACACCAACCUCCUACCUCGCCACCUGUCCAACCUUGCCCAGCUUAAGCCGGUUGUGUACGACCUCACUUUCGACUACAACUUUCACCGCGUCCCGCGUGAUCUCGGCAACACUCAGAUGCGCAUUGACUUUAGUAAUCAGGAUGACUACUGGAAGAACAUUGUUGCUGGAUCUGUCAGCAGAAAGAGAGACGGUCUUACUAGGCGCACGCUUGAGGACGUCGGCGGGAACCCUGUACGCUGGCUCGAGGAAGAGUUUAGAGAUGACUUCCACCUCAACCCGAUUGACAAGCGCGAUUUGCACGAGCGUUGGUUCGGCAAGAGCAUCCUCGAGUGGCUGGCGGCCCUUGUUAAGCCCGAGAUCAAGCGUGAAUUUCAUCACAAAUACGACGAUACGGUCACAGCUAAACUUAUCGACGAGACUUGGGAGUGCAAGAGGGGCGAUGUCGGCUAUGAUGGCCAUCUACUCGCCCAGGCUCUGCUCAACGUCAAGGUUGAGUCGAGCUUCGGCUUCACCCUCAUCGUCACCAGUCUGGACUUGCCCCUGGAUCUGAGCCAGAGCUAUCUGACUUUCUACAACAAGGGCGAGGUUACCGGUGUCGUGACGCUCGAGGCUGUCGCCAGAGUGAAAUACGGCAAGAAGAAGGUCAUUGCCGACAUUCCCUUCCCGGGCGCAUCAUUCAAGAUCCCGGGUAUUGCAACGAUCGGACCCCAGCUUGUGGUCGAGGGCAGCAUCGAUGCCCGUCUUGCUGUGGCUGGCACCGUCGAGACCAAGCUGCAAAUCGCUAAAUGGAAUGUUCGCCAAGUCGUGCCAGAGAAUAGCGGAUACAAGCCCUCGCUUAUCGACAACAGUGAGACGGAUCUCGCCCGCACCGGAGAUUUCGAAGGUAUCAAGAAACCAGAGUUUUACGCUGGCGUCGCCGUCUCGGGUGAUAUCGAGGUCAAGCUCUCGGCCGCGGCUGAAUUUGGCAUCCGCUUUGAUGACAGGUGGGAGGUCGAGCCCGCUGGAGCAGCUGUCGUGGGAGAGGCAACUGUCACUGCCGGACUUACAGCAGGCGUAUCGAGCGCGGGAACCUGCCCGUUCACGUACGAACUUGACGUCGGCGCCCGACUCUUUGCUAGAGUGACUGCACCAGACCCCUUCGGCAUUGGAUGGAACGGCGCCGAAGUGACCUUGAGUGAGGGCAAAAAGAACAUAUUCAAGAAGGGCACAUGUCCCGACCUUGGACCGAUUCCAACGAAGAGGGGCUUGGAUCUCAUCCAAAGCGAUAGCAACAACAACAACCACUCUGCAUCAGCAGCUCCGUAUGGAGGCCAUCUCUUGCCUGCUCUUUGGGAGGGACCGGAGCUUGUCAGUACCCACGGUGCGCACCCAUCGUCAUUUUCUAAGAGAGGUGGGGUCUAUGGUCCGCCCAUACGCAUUCCUAUUGGCAACCUCUUCUGCCCACCUGCAGCCAACGGUGACGAAGAUGACAACGGACAGAUUGGCUGUCCCAGCUUGGAGUCUAUUAAUGAGGGGACUAUCAAGGAGAGAUCCGCGCCUUUGGAGCAACGCUUACACAGUCAUCUUGACGCUCACCGACGCAGUCACGGAUCGGGCCAUCCUCACGGCCAUCAUCACCGCCGUGCCAAUGAGACAGAUCUUCUUGCGAUAGCACUUGACGAAGACGACAGCCUCGCGCAUCUCUUUGAGCGAAACAUCAAUGACAAAGAUGUCAACAUUUGUCAAUUGCCAACGACAAAGUUCAGGUAUCCCACCGACAGCUCGAUUCCCAACGCCAAUGUCUACGGCUGGUAUGACCCCCAAACGUGCGGCAGCUUCCACUGGGGCAAUCCGCUGCCAAGCCGUAUCACAGGCAUCAACUACCACUCGGAGCACAUCCUGGAGGCUCAGAUGAUCAAGGACUUCUUCAACUAUCUCAAUGGCGAACACGGCAACGCCUUCCCAAGUCCGGCCCUGGGCUCGACCGGCGAUGUCAGUCUAUGCACCUAUGUGAAUGCAAUGUUUGCCCACACAGUCACCGCAAAUAUUGAAUCUGCCAGGUCGGUAAAUGGCCAAGCCACCCUCUUAGUGAUUGAGCAUAUUGCCGCGCAAUUCCCUACCAAUGGGUGGAAUGCGCACGAAUAUGUCUCCUUGCAGGGCUCAAUCAACACCCCGAUCAAGAUGAACGCCUGGGCCGACAACCGGAUUGUCAAUACGGACAGGUGGCUCACGGUCGGCAAUGCCAACUACAUCUUCUCGGCGUCGGGUGCGCGCAAGGCUUACCUGAAGAUGCGCGACGGCAUCGCCCUGCGCAACUACCAAAACGACGUCGAGGUGUACACGGUCCUCCGAGCGCAGAAGCGGAGGAUCGGCGACAUUCUCGACCUGCUCGACAACACGGUGCUGCCCGCGAACCCGCGGCCCGGGUACAAGACAUGGCAGCCCAUGCAGCUGCGGGAGCAGUGGGACUUCUUCAUGAAGUACCGCUUCAUCGCCAUGCAGAAGCGGGCGAUGGAGCCCAUCAACAACUUCUACAACCAGAUGAAGGAGUUCUGGACCACCGACGCCAAGAAGGCCGAGUAUGCUCCCGCGCAGGGAGACACGCAGGCCGUGGCGGACCGCAAGCUGCAGACACUGCAGCUGAUCGAGGACAUUGAGACCAUGGAGGUGAUCAUCAACGGGUUGCAGCCUUGGAUUACUCCAUUCUGAUUGGCAAAGGCGCAGAUACCCGUAGCCUGUACUUAGAUAAUCAUGUAAAUCAAAAUCAGACGCCACAGCUAGAUGGUUCGCGGGUCGUUUUGAACACCGAAAAGAAUCUGGCUCUCCGAUUCAACCGGAGUGAAUAUUGCAAAAGAGCCAUGACACGAGCCUUUGAGGCGCUGAAAUAUGGGCACAGCAGAUGGCAUAUUCAUGCGAG